UCUCGUGCUCGAACCAUGUGGGCAAAGAGUGUUUUAACUGUCUGCUUUAUUUGAAUGGAAGAAGAGCAGAAACGCAGCCACAUGCCUCCAAAAAUGAAAGUGGAUCUUUUAUUAACUCUUUAUUAAACCUCUGCAGUUUUAUAUAUUUAUAUACAAAUAUAUAUGUGAUAUCUUUAUAAAUAUAGACGGAACAAUGGAUGCGCCCCCACAGACAAAGACAGUUGGAAGCCUCCAGUCUCCCUCAGCAGCUAACCUGGCCACGCUGCAGUCCUACAGGCCGCUGCUGAGCGACUAUGGACCUCCAUCUCUGGGAUUCUCACAGGGCUCCAGCGGCAGCCAAGUGCCUCAAAACAAAUAUGCAGAGCUGCUGGCCAUCAUCGAAGAGCUCGGGAAGGAGAUCAGGCCCACGUACGCUGGAAGUAAGAGCGCGAUGGAGAGACUGAAAAGAGGAAUAAUCCACGCCAGAGGGUUGGUGCGUGAAUGCUUGGCUGAGACGGAGAGAAACGCGAGGUCCUAGCUCCGAACCCACAUUCCUCCCUGCAAGAAGAACUAACAGUGUGCAUCUCAUGAAAAAAAAAAAAAAAAAAUUGCAUGGCAUUUCCUUUGAGAAGAGGAAGUAAAUGAACCUUAAAGGAUGCAAAUAUGCAAGCUCCUAGAGAGAGAGAGGGAGAGAAAAAAAACACAAUUCAUGACUCUGCAGGAUUCAUUUAAAUCAUGUUUGGAAAUCUUACGAAAGGAUAUCAUGUGUUUUUAUGCCCCACUUUUGGGAUCUUAGUUUUGUCUUCAUAUUUAAAUUGAUUUAUGCAUGCGAACGGGCCCGGGGGUUAAAUUGUAGACAGUGCAUGGCUUGUACAGGGGUAGAUGGGAACGACUUGUUUUUGAUAGUAUUUUGGUCUGUUUUUCAGACCCUUAUAACACACAUGGCUGAGUGAGGGAGGGGCAGAGAGGUGCCACACGCAUCGGUUCAUUCGUGUUGAGGGUUGGUUUUGGUAUAAGAAAAAAAUGGAAAAUGCUGUUACCUGCAUCUUUGUAUGUAUUUAUUACUCCGUGUAAUAAAUUGUAUUUUCAA